AUCUCAAAUUUCUUUCCCGCAGCAGCUAUAAAAGGGUAAGUUCAGCUCCAGUAACCAAAAAUUGAACUUUCUUCAAUCUUCAUCUCCUGCUUCUCUUUCAAACUCCAAGCCGUGUUGUAUCACCUGAAGCCAUGUCGAGCGGCCCGCCAUAUUUGCCGCCGGGCUUUCGCUUCCACCCGACCGAUGAAGAGCUCAUCCUUCACUAUCUCUGCAAGCGAUUGGAGGCGGCGCCCUUCCCUGCGUCCAUCAUUGCUGAUGUCGAUAUAUACAAGUUCAAUCCUUGGGACCUUCCAGAAAAAGCUAAGUUUGGGGAUAGAGAAUGGUACUUCUUCAGCCCCAGAGAUCGAAAGUAUCCGAAUGGCAUCCGGCCUAAUCGGGCGGCGGCGUCGGGAUACUGGAAGGCGACUGGAACUGAUAAGCCGAUAACGAAGGGGGAAGGAAAUGAGAACAUUGGAGUUAAAAAGGCGUUGGUGUUCUACAGGGGCAAGCCACCCAAGGGUGUCAAGACUAACUGGAUCAUGCAUGAGUACAGACUUGUUGAGUCUCAGAACAGAAUUAGUAAAAGCAGGGAUGUGAAACCAAGGGAGGACUCCAUGAGGUUGGAUGAUUGGGUUCUCUGCCGAAUCUAUCAGAAGAACAACUAUCACUCUUCGGCAGAUCAAGAGCGCGAAGACUCUGCCGGAGAUGAAGCCAGCAUGCAGAGUUCAAUGAUCAAUAAAAAGAUGCACAAGUCCUUCUCCUUGUCCGAGCUAUUAAUCGAGGAAGCUGAUUUCUCUUUACUGUCUCGGCUCCUGGAAACGCCAUCUAACACCACCGUUUUAGAUCAGGCUCCAUUUCAAAACACAAAUUUAAUUCGGCCUUUGACAGAAUACAUCGGCAGCACAAGCAGCUGCUACUUGACGUCGCAAGUCCAACAAUCAGAAGGCUCUGGUUUUGUUCCUGAAAACAGUUCGAAACGACAAAGAAUGUCAGCAAACUGUGAUUUUGAUGAGUUUGCAGAUUAUAUGAAGAAGUUUAACAUUUGUUCAUCAUACAAUUACGACCAACUUAGCAAGCAGUUUGAUUGCUCCCAGCCUUUCUUCUACCAGCAUCUAUAAGGCUGAAUUCAGAUGCAUGAAAAAAAAAAAAA